AUGAUUCUGCAGCUGCUCAGCUUUGCUGCUCUUCUUGCUUGCUCCCACUGCCAGUGUCAGCAAGGCUGGAGGGAGUAUGAGGACAAAUGUUACUUCUUUUCAACUGACACAAAGUCAUGGAUUGAGGCUAAUGCUUUUUGUUUGGGGCAGAACAGCAACCUGAUGAGCAUUCAGGACAUUCACGAGAGGCUGUGGGUGAGAACACAAAUCAGCACAGAGUACUACUGGAUCGGCCUGAAUGACCAAGUCACAGAAGGUGCCUGGGAGUGGAGCGAUGGGAGUCCUUUUAUACCAUAUCUAUCAUACUGGAUGCAAGGCCAGCCUGAUAACUGGGGCGAUGAACCUGGGGAGGACUGUGGUCAGGUGGUAGGAAGCAGCUUUGGACAAUGGAAUGACGAAAACUGCAAUGUUAAGAGGAAAUACAUCUGCAAGCACAUCAACCCCAAUCCUAGCCCACAGUGUGACUUAGCCAACGGGUGGAGGCAGUACGGCUCCAAUUGCUACAAGCUAAAAGCAGACACAAGGAAGAGCUGGGUCGCAGCCAGACAUGACUGCGUGCAGGAUGGAGGAGAUCUGGUGUCCAUCGUCUCUGCAGGAGAAGAGCAAUACAUUACAGGAACACUGGACCCAUCACAGUUUGACAUCUGGAUUGGAUUUUCCACAUUGAAAUGCAACAAGAUCUCAUGUCAAGUUGAAGUGGGGAACUCCCAGUUUACCUGGUCUGAUGCUACCUCAUCAAGCUACACAAACUGGGCUGGUGGUGAACCUACAGUUGAUACACAGACUGGCACAUGUGGUACAAUAAUCAAAGAUCCAACAGAUGAAUUUGGGAAAUGGAAGUCCCAUGUCUGCAGAUAUGAGCGUCCUUACAUGUGUAAACGACCAUUGAACACCAUCUGCCCUGCUGGCUGGUUGAGCUUCUCUGGCAGCUGUUAUUGGACGGUCAGUAAUACCAAUCUCUUGACCACCUGGCACCAGGCCUUCACCAAGUGCUCUGAUAUGGGGGCCCACUUGCUGAUUAUAAACAGUCAAGAAGAACAGUUCUUCAUAAAUGGGCAACUUCCAGAAUUUCACCAAGUGGACAUUCCUGACAUCUGGAUUGGUUUAUCAGACAUGGGCCAGGAUGGAGAUUUCAAAUGGGUGGAUAAAUCCACGAUUGAGUUUUCUAACUAUGGUCCCGGUUGGCCCAGAAACACUGCAGGUGUCUGGGACUGUGGACAGAUCUUCACAGGAAAUUAUGACGGCAAGUGGGAAACAACCAACUGCUUCAAGAGCCUGGGUUACAUUUGUGAGAUGACAGGGGGACAGAAUCCGAAACCGACUGCAACUCCUGAUUCCCACUGUGACCCUGGAUAUUUGUUGUAUGGGGACUUCUGCUAUCAUUUUGAGACUGAGUCAGUGAAAAACUGGCAUGAUGCUGAGGCUCACUGUAGCAGCGAGCAGGGUCACCUGGCCAGCUUCCACUCACAGGAAGACCUGAGUUUCCUGACUGCUCACAUGCCAGCAGAGGCCUGGGUGGGUUUGAAUGACAUCAAUGUUGAAAACCAGUUUGUAUACACCGAUGGAAGUGCUGCAGACUUCCUUCUGUGGGGGCCCAACCAGCCAGAUAACUGGCAGAAUAAUGAGGACUGUGUGCACCUCAGAGGGAUGAAUCACCAAGCGCCUGGGAAACUCAAUGAUGAUUCCUGCACUUCCACAAAGGAAUACAUUUGCAAAAAAGCCAAGGGACAAGGACCUCCUCCCCAGCCCCCAACAUCUGGACCAGGAUGGAAUCAGAAAUGCGGUUCUUGGAUGGCUGACCCUUUUAAUGAUUACUGCUACCUGUUUAACUACCUGUCGAUGAGGACGUGGGCAGAGGCUCGAGCUGACUGUGUCAACCAGGGAGGAGACCUCCUCAGUAUCACUGAUCCCUUCGAACAGGCCUUCAUACAGGGUGUGAUCCAGGCGAGUCCGACAGGGAUCUCUCUGUGGAUGGGCGGUCAUGACUCCGUCACUGAAGGCGGCUGGGAGUGGACAGAUGGCUCUCCUUUCAGAUACAUUCGCUGGAGUGCAGGUAACCCAGACAACUAUCAAGGUGAAGACUGCCUGUCUAUAUAUAUUAACGGUGGCUACUGGAAUGACGACAACUGUGAGUACAAAAGAGGAUACAUCUGUGAGCGGAGAGGAAACACCCCUGAGCCUCCUCCACCUCAUGAUGGUUUCAUGACGGCGCUGGUGUGCCAGGAUUCCUCCGCUGUCCUUCACUGUCCACAUGAAAGUGUAAUUAACAUCCAGUCUGCUUUCUACGGACGAAAAAGUGAUGACAUCUGUCCACACCUGGAUGGAUCAGGAGGAGGAAGCUGCACAGUGGAAGGUAUCCUUCCUUACUAUAGAAAGGCGUGUGACAACCGACCCUAUUGCUUUGCGUAUGCCCAUACCGACGUAGACCCCUGUCCUACUGUUUCCAAAUAUCUCGAGAUCGUCUACAGCUGUGAACAAAAAGUGUGUCUGCAUGGCCUGGGUGUCGAGGAUGGAAACAUCACAAACUCCCAGCUCUCCGCUUCCUCCUCCAUUGGUUCAUUCACUCCGGACAAAGCCCGUUUGAAUGGGAAUUCCUGCUGGAUGCCUUCAGGAAGCUCAACCUCGAGCUGGAUCCAAGUGAACCUGGGCCAGACCAGAAAGGUAACAGGGAUAGUAAUCCAGGGUUGUCCUCAAAACGACCGCUGGGUCACUAAGUUUAAGAUCCAGCACAGUUUGGACGGAACAACGUGGACUGAUUACACAGCUGAUGGUCAAUUUUUCCCAGGUGCAACAGACAGGAACACUCCUGAAACCCAGCUGCUGGGUACGCCUGUGUCAGCUCAGUACGUCCGCAUCCUCCCGCUGGAGUUCAGUGGUCAGGCAGGCCUUCGCUUUGAUAUCUUAGGAUGCACCCCUGACUAUGCGAUAACGUGCGCUAACAAGCCCAACUUCAACUUUGCCAAUGAUCGAAUGACUGUCCACUGUCCAGCAGGCUGUGCCAACGCUAAUUACAAAGUGUAUGGCACUUCGGUAUAUCGUGGGGACUCAAACAUCUGUGCAGCAGCUAUCCAUGCUGGAGUGAUACUAAAUGACAUUGGAGGAGACUGCACCUUGUUGAAAGCUCCAGGACAGGGCUUCUAUGCUGGCUCUAGCAGGCAUGGCAUCACCUCGAGACAAUUCAAUGGAAACUAUGCUGUAUCAUACGCUUUUGCUGAUGGGGAGCUGAGGUGUUCAGGGCCUGACUGGUUUGAGUUUGGAGAGUUCUGCUACAAACCUUUUGGAGACAGAAAGACGUGGCACAAUGCCCAGGACAGCUGCAGGAGUGAGGGUGCUGAACUCAUGUCCAUCCUCUCAAUGACGGAGCAGAGCUGGCUGGAAAGCUACUUGUACCUGGCCACCACUGAUGUGUGGACUGGUCUGAAUGACCUCUUCGUGCCUGGCAUGUUCUCCUGGUCUGACGAAAACAUGGUGACCUUCACCUACUGGGCUCCAGGGGAACCCAACAACCACGAUGGGUUCCAUGAAGACUGUGUUGAGAUGUUACACCAGACUGGCCGAUGGAACGACGUGUCCUGCACAGAGCUUAAUACCUACAUAUGCAAAGCGCCCAAAGCACAUUACCCACUACCCUCUGUAAAACCCACUGUAUACGGAUGUCCUCAGGGAUGGGAUGCAUUCGGAUACUCCUGCUACUUAAUGGAGGAGACUGCCAGGAGCUGGUCUGAUGCUAAGGCCUUCUGCAAAGAGCAGGACGGCUUCCUGCUGCAUAUUGGAGACAUUUAUGAGCAGGCACAUUUUACAGUGGCGUUGGCAGGAAAGACUGGUUUGUGGUGGAUUGGCCUGCGUGCUCACGGAGGGAUAACUGGAGGGGUGGACUACAUCUGGGACAACGGCUCACCUCUCAGCUUCACUCACUGGGACAGAGACCAGCCAGAUAGCGGGGAUGGUACUUGUGUGGCUAUGACAACGGGUCAGGUUGGUGGUUUCUGGGAUGACAAGCAGUGCUCAGAGAAAUACGCCUUCAUCUGUGAGAAAUACAGGCCUGACAUCACCCCGCCCACAAAACCCCCAACUCCUCCUCCUGCACAUGGCUGUGCUGAUAGCUGGACGGCCCUGCCUCACUUCAGGAAUUGCUACAAGCUCUUCCACAACGUAGACUGGUCCAUGAAGAAGAGCUGGGGAGCAGCAAAUGAGGACUGUGUUGCCAGAGGAGCAAACCUGGUCAGCAUCCACAAUCAGGAGGAGGAAGAGUUCCUGUCUCUGUACAGCAAAGCCAGCAGCAAGUGGAUUGGCCUCAAGCAUAACCCCACAGAGGGAGGUUACACUUGGAGUGACGGAACACCUCUGUCCCACACCAACUGGGGUCCCGGGGAACCGAACAACCAUGAGGGCCGUGAGGAGUGUGUAGAGAUGGUGAGCAGCACCAAUGGGACCUACUCCUCGUGGAACGAUCUCAACUGUGACGCUCACCAGGACUGGAUAUGCAUGAUCGCUAAAGGAAAGGACCCCAUUGUGCCCCCAGUGCCCCCACCUCCUAUCCCUGCUCCCGACUGCGGAACCAACGUUGGCUGGAGGAAGAACAACAACAUCUGUUACUACUACAACGACACGGACAUCGUGGACUUCUACAUAGCUGUGAAGCGCUGCUACGCCGAGAAGGCCACACUCGUCUCCAUCCUCAACAAAGACGAACAGGCAUAUGUAAACACCAUGGUGGGGACAGGGCAGGUUUCUGCAGCCUGGAUCGGAAUGAGGAUGUUUGGCAUUGCUAGUGGACAAUACAUGUGGGUGGACCUUUCCCCCGUGACAUACACUCACUGGGGGCCAGGUGAGCCCAACAAUGCCAACGGCGAGGAACAGUGUGUUCAGAUGAACAGACAUCAAGGUGGAUGGAACGAUGCCAACUGUGGCAGGGCUGGAGCAGGUUAUGUUUGCAAGAAGUCCCCUGGAGAUGUCCACACCCCUCCUCCACCCACACAGCCCUGGGAGGGCAACUGCCCUGCAGGCUGGAUGCGUUUCAGGGAUAAGUGCUUCAUGUUCAAAGGGAAGAAAAAUGAUAUUAAAGCCAACUGGUCUUACGCUCGGACUUGGUGCAAAGAGCAAGGGGGAGAGUUGGCAGUUAUCGAUGACCAAUAUGAGAAUGACUUUGUGUCCAGUUACCUGAGGGACCUGGAGCUCCCCACGUGGAUCGGUCUGUCAGAUCUCUUGGUUGAGAAUCAGUACGCCUGGAGUGACGGGGUCAGCCCAGUGCUGUACACCAACUGGAAUGACAAGGAGCCCAACAAUGCAGGAGGAACGGAACACUGUGUGGCAAUGACUCACAACCCACUGGUGAGUGGCAAGUGGAACGAUGACGCCUGUCACAAGGAUCAUAGCUUCGUCUGCUACAGGAAGAAAUCGAGCAGCAUCAACCCUCCACCCCCAACCAAGAGCCCCUGCCCAGCUGAUUACAUCUCCUGGUACCAGAAUUGCUACAAGCUGGUGGAGGAGCCGGCGACCUGGGACACAGCUCAAACGGCCUGCAGCCAGCAGGGAGGCAACCUGGCCAGCAUCGACAUGAGCUACGACCAGGCCUUCGUCGCAGGAGUGGUGCUGCAGGGCAAAGCUGACGCCUGGAUCGGACUCAAGCGCAAGGAUGACGGCUCCUACAUGUGGACAGAUGGCUGGCCGAUUUUUUUCACUCAGUGGGGACCAGGAGAGCCGAGCAACAUCAAGGAUGAGGGUUGCGUGAGUAUGCAUGCGUCUCGUGUGUUCCACGGGACUUGGAACGACACCAAGUGUGACCAGGCAAAACCCUACAUCUGCAAGAUCUCUUCAGAAAAACCGCCGCCAACUCCUGCCCCUGGUGAUGGGAAGUGUCUGCCUUUCUGGGUCCCCUACGGUCGCUACUGUUACUAUGUCUACAACGAGCAGCAGGGCUUCUCCUGGCCGGACUCUCGACACUACUGUCAGUCGAUCAGGGCAGAGCUGGUGUCCAUCCACAGCAGAGCGGAGGUGGAGUUCAUCAGGAACCUCAACUACACUAAACGUCACAAUGUCUGGAUCGGACUCACCAGGGACCGCAACUUUGGAUGGGGCUGGACAGAUAGGACGUCUCUGGGCUUCCUGAACUGGGCUCCUGGUGAGCCCAAUUCAGCCUUUCACCCUGGGGAUGUGGCCGAGGAGAACUGUGUGGAGAUGUAUGGUGAUGGACGCUGGAAUGACAACAACUGCCUGCAGAAGAGAGGUUUUGCGUGCCGUCACCGCCAGUACUAUACAACAGAUGAUGGCGGUAAUCCUAUUUUCCCCACAGAUGGUCCAGGUAUCAACCAUGGAGGGGUGAUAGCUGGUGCUGUCAUCGCAGCCAUCGUGAUUUUCACCUUGAUAGGCGGACUGCUGUACUACGUCUUCAGCGUCCGGGGUUAUAAACUGAGCGCCUUGAGCCUGCCAACAAGAACAACCAGUAACAUCGAUGUGCCUGCCUUCACCAACCCCAACUUUGGAGGAGAAUCGGAGACAUAAAUCAUCAUUCAAGUUUUGUACAGUACAUCUUUCUUUUUUUUUUUAAGAAAUCAACAAUAAUGUAGUUAAAAGAUUAAGCAGUUGUAUAUAUUGUAAUACACCAAUAACAAUGGUGUAUUAAACUAAAAAAACUUAAUUUCCAUGUCUUGCACUUACAUUUGAAGUUUUUUUUUAAUUUUUAAAGCAAUAAUUGUGAAACAUGUCCAGAGUAAUUCAGAAACGUUGUACAUGUAAUUCUUUAUAUGUGCUAUAUAAAAACUUUUACCAUCAAAUAUGAAA